AUGGGGGGCGGAUCAAAGCAAGCUUCUACAUCAAAGAGCAAAUCAAAUGCUGUUGUACAACAUGUUGAGCUUGGAAGAUCAGAUUCACUUGCACUUGCUACCGUGGAUCCUGAUGUUCCUAUCUAUGCACCCAUUGUUUCCUCUUAUAAUGAUCGCAUUCGUCCUCUGCUUGAUGCAGUUGACAAGCUCAGGAAUCUAAUGGUGAUGGAAGAGGGAAUACAGCUUCCAACCAUUGUUGUAGUCGGUGAUCAAUCUUCCGGCAAAUCCAGUGUUCUCGAAUCACUAGCCGGAAUAAGCCUUCCAAGGGGUCAGGGCAUAUGCACCAGGGUCCCUCUUAUAAUGAGGCUGCAACAUCAUCAAGAUCCCAAACCGGAGCUUUCAUUGGAAUUCAAUGGAAAAUUAGUUCAUACAGAUGAAAACCACGUUUCUGAAGCAAUAAAUCUUGCAACAGAUGAAAUUGCAGGGAAUGGCAAGGGAAUUUCCAAUGACCCUUUGACCUUGGUAGUGAAAAAGAAGGGUGUUCCUGACCUGACCAUGGUUGAUCUCCCAGGAAUCACUAGAGUUCCAGUUCAUGGCCAGCCUGAAAACAUUUACGAGCAAAUAAGAGAUACAAUCAUGGAGUAUAUAAAGCCGGAAGAGAGUAUCAUACUCAAUGUGUUAUCUGCGACCGUUGAUUUUACUACUUGUGAAUCCAUUAGGAUGUCUCAGAGCGUUGAUAAAACAGGGGAGAGAACACUGGCAGUGGUGACGAAGGCUGACAAGGCUCCUGAAGGGUUGCUUGAGAAGGUUACCGCUGAUGAUGUUAAUAUUGGACUUGGUUAUGUCUGUGUGAGGAAUCGGAUUGGCGAGGAAUCGUAUGAGGAGGCGCGUGUAGAGGAAGCUAGACUAUUUGGAAAUCAUCCACUUCUUUCCAAGAUUGACAAAUCAAUUGUGGGUGUACCCGUUUUGGCAGAAAGGUUGGUGCAGAUUCAAGCUUCUAGUAUUGCCCGUAAUCUGCCUGAGAUCGUGAAAAAUAUAAACGAUAAGUUGAAUUCUUAUCUAUCAGAGAUCAACAAGUUGCCAAAGAAAAUGUCUUCAGCUGCAGAGGCAACAACGGUCUUUAUCCAGAUUAUUGGUUCAGUUAAGGAAUCGCUGAGGAAGAUACUUUUGCGUGGAGAAUUCGAUGAAUAUCCAGAUGAUAAACGCAUGCAUUCUACAGCUCGUUUGAUAGAGAUGAUCAACCAGUUCUCUGAUCAGCUUCAUAGCACCGUUGAAAAUGAUCCUAUCCGGGAUUUUCUGAUGGAGGAGAUAAGGACUUUGGAGGAAGCUAAGGAGGUUGGUCUGUCAAACUUCCUUCCUAGGACAGCAUUUUUAAGUAUUUUGCUGCGAAAAGUGAAUGCGAUUUCACAUAUUCCUAUUGAUUUUGUGGGGAAGUUAUGGGAUUAUAUAGAGGAUGUGGUGAUGACUGUUUUGAAGCAUCAUGUGGAAGACUAUCACCAGCUUCAGUUAGCAACCAAACGAGCUGCAAAUAAUCUGAUUGCCAAGAUGAAAGAAAGGUCUAAUAUUUGGAUGACUGAGAUUGUGGAGAUGGAAAAGGUGACAGAUUUUACUUGCAUUCCCGAAUAUGUUUCCGAAUGGACGAAGCUAAUGACAGAGAGAGAUGCGUUCAUAGGUGAGAUCUUAAAAGGUGAUGAAAAGCUCACUUCCAUUAAACUUGAAGGUUUAGGGGAAAUUGGAGUUGGAGUUAUUAAGAAGUAUCCUCAUCUUCUAGAGCAGGCGUUCGACUUGAGGAUGAGGAUGAUAGCUUACUGGAAGAUAGUUCUGAGAAGGUUGGUAGAUGGCAUGGCUCUGCAUUUGCAACUAAGUGUGAAGAACCUUGUGCGUAAGGAUUUGGAAUUCGAGGUUGCGAAUGAAAUAUUUGGAAAGCAUGUUGGUGGGAUUGAGAGGUUGAUGGAGGAAAAUCCAUCGGUGGCUUCCAAACGUGGGAAGCUGAACAGGAGCAUCAUAAAGCUGAAAGAGUCUAAAGAAGUGAUGGCUAGUAUUAUGGACAGGAUUGUUUCCUAUGGUGACUAA